AUACUAAUUUUAUCUAUCCAUUUGCUUUGUCCUUCCCGCGAAACAUCUGCAACAAUGCGUCAAAAUAGACCCAAGAAAAGACAAAAAGACAAACAGAAACAUGAAGAUAAUCAAACAGAUGCAUCUCAGGCAGACAGAGAGAUGUUUCUACAAGCCUUUGAAAAGCCAACACAGAUAUACAGAUACUUGAGGAACAGACAUUUAGUUGCUCCACUAUUUUUACAAAGAACAUUAUUUUAUAUGAAACACAGAAGAUCAAGAGACAAUUCAAAAAGGAAGAAUUUUAAAUCUAGUUCCUUACUGUCAACAGUAGAACAGAAACUGACUAAGACAUUGUGCCAAGAAAAAGCCAAAUCACACUUUCUGAACCUGACCUUCAAUGGAUUUUUCUCACAGAAUGCCUUGGAUUGUGAAGAAGCUGAAGUUGAAGCUAAAUUACUCAAAAUAUGUCAUAAAAAGAGGAAGGAUGUGUCCUCUCCAGUUUUACAGACCAGCCUUGGUAAACUGACCAUUCCAGUAAACCCUGACGCAGACGAGUCAUUAUCAAAGACGUCCACCAUAUCAGUACCUCAGCAUCAUUUCUCACACAGCAGUGGACAUUCAUUUACAUUACUUCUCACAGUCAAAUUAUUACCUAACAUUACAAAUGGUUUACAUAAUGGUGAACUAUCAGACGAAGAUGAACCUCCAUCAAAGAAACAAAAAAAUGGCUUUGAUAACGAGUUAGAUAUCUACGAAUCAGAUCUAGUUGUCUAUGACAGACAGAGAAGGUGUCAGUUAACAGACGGCAUGUAUGAGGUUGUGUUACAUCAGAUCCUUUCUGACAAUGGAAAGGAGGCUACAUGGGAAUCUGUCAUGGAUGGAAAAUCACUACAACCAUUUGAAGUUUUUAGCAGAUGUCCAACAUUAGAGUUUCAUAUACAUUGGACAGACAAAACAAGUUCAUCUGAUCAUGUCUCAGGGCCACUCAUUCCAUUUACAGACCAGUAUUCCAGUCCAACUCCAGACUCAGGGAAUAAUGAGAUUAAAGAGAGCAAUCAAACUACACCAAAGAAAACUCAGCGUAUUUAUUAUCAGUUUUUAUACAAUAACAACACACGGCAGCAGACAGAUCCACGGGACGAUAUGAAAUGUCCGUGGUGUUCUCUUAACUGUGUCCAUUUAUACAGCUUAUUAAAACAUCUACGAUUAUCACAUGCUAGAUUUAAUUUUAUUUAUGUUGUACAUCCUAAAGGUGCCAGAAUAGAUGUCUCUAUAAAUGAUCAGUAUGAUGGAUCUUACGUAGGAAAUCCUCAGGAUUUACAUAGCCAUGUAGGAUAUGCCUUCUGUAGGAGAGGUCCAGUUAGAAGGACUCCAAUCACUCAUGUAAUAGUGUAUAGACCAAAAAGACCCCCUCAUUCUCUGGUAGAAUUUAUGGAACCAGAAAAUGAAAAUCAAGUAAACAGACAAUUUACACAGGGUCACAAUAGGUUAUAUUUCCAUCUGGGAACUUGUCAGCCAGUGAAACCAUCAGAGAUUGAUAUGGAAGAUGAAAUAGAUCCUCAGUGGUUACGACAAAAAACUGUUAAUAUGAUAGAUGAAUUUACCGAUGUUAAUGAAGGAGAAAAAGAAUUGAUGAAGUUAUGGAAUCUUCAUGUGAUGAGAAACAACUAUAUCAGUGAUUGUCAGAUUGUGACCGCUGCCUUGGAGUUUGUUACACUACAUGGCCAGGAAAUCUUACAGAAAAAUCUGUACCAAAACUUUAUACUACACAUGGUCAAUCUGUUUGACUUUAGUCUGAUCAAACCAGAGGAAGUACAGAGGAUAUUGACUAAACUAGAGGAAAUCAAAACCAGCAUGUCAUAAUGUCAAAAGUCAUAAUGUCAGAGGUCGAGUCAUAUUUAUAUCAUUGCUUUACUUGUAAAACUUUUACUGUUAUUUUAUGUUCAAUGAAUUUUGUAAUAAGUUGAAGAUUUAAAGAUGGCAUGUUUUGGAGCUCAAAAUUGAAUUAGCUCCUUUCUUCUUCCAGUUUAAUAUUUGAUCAUUGUUAGUUGUGCCUGUAUUUAUAUAUUUUGUAUGCAUAUUGAAGCGCUUUGUAGUUGGGGCUGUAUUUAAAUAACUAAAUUGGUCUAAGAAUUGCUAUUUUAAUCAUAAUUUUGAAAGAAAUAACACAUCUGAGAAUUGUCAGCUAAAUAAAAACAUUUAUGCUUUACCAUCUGCUUUUACCAAAUUUUGGAAGGUAAGGCACAAUUCCUGUUUUACACCAAUAUCAUGAUAUUAUCAAAUAAAAUAAAGCAAGCAUCAAAAUUGGUUUUGUAGGUGAAUUUACCUCAUUUUUGUUUUGCGACACUUCAAUCUCCUAUAUUUUGAAACAAUUUUUUGCUAUUUUUCUCAAAAAAAUAUCUUGAACAUUUUAAUUGAAAUGAAAAUUAUGUUAUAUAUUAAAAUAUAUGGAGUUUUACAUCAAAAUCAUUUAUAUCAGAAUCUCAGGAUGAUUUUGCUCAAUACAUAUUUUGCCUUAAAUUUUCCCUUGGAUAAUUGUAUUUAUAAGGAAUUGAAAAUAGAAAAUAGAUUUAUUUCAAGGUAUUUCCUGGAGACGACUUGUUUACACGAGUACAUUGUUUACGUGAAGAAGUUGCAUUAUAUAUUUUCCUGAGAAUUUUUACUGCUGUGGCUGUGUCCAGCAUGGGCUGUGUCUAGCAUGGGACACAUUUGUCUUCAAUAUCUAUGUGUGAAAAGGGUACCAAACUCAGAAAUCUUUGUAAAUUACAAGGAUAUUUCACCACAGGAGUCCAUAGUAUAUAGUACAAUGCUGUUUGCCAACAUUGGGGAUAAAUUUAAAAGUUUGUUUGAAGGACCUUUUCUCCAAAAACCUAUGGUUGCUAAAGAGCAAAUUUGGUAAAUUAAGCAAGUGACUCGACAUUUUAAGGAACAAGUGUUUUAGUCCUUCAUGCAAAUUAUGCUAUCUAAGUUAAAAUUAUAUUUCAUGAAAAUUACAAAGUUCACAUUCAAUUCUACAAUGAAUUAUAACAAAACAACAUUAGUUUGAUUGUGUAAUGUAAAUUAUUCAGUAUAUCAGGUUGGUUGCUGUGUUUUAUUUUAAUUUAUUUAAUUAUGUAUCAGCAGACUCUCCCUAUUUUUUCUGGGGUCAGAAUGAAACAUGGGUGUACUUAAAAAUACAAAUGAAUUAUUAUAUUGUGCAGUAUUUUCAAUUAAAAAAAAGUGGAAUGUCAUGCGUAAUACAGAUUACUAGUAUUAUCCUAAAUGUUCGGGGUAAAUCAAUUGUACAACUUAUUUUGAAUACAUGUCGGCCAUAUUGUUCCAUAAAAUUUUUUAAAAUGUGAUAUGUAUGUAUGUGCAGCUGAAUAAUUGUAAUAAAAGUAAUGUUGUUAAAUUAGAUGAC